AUGAAUAAAAACGCUUGUGUACUGUUGACAAGGAAUCCUGCCAAGCAUAUAGUAAAUGUGAAUCUCAAACGCUGCGCUUACCACUCUUUCCCUACCCCGUAAAUGACGGCAACCCUGUGACACGUGGUUGCUUCUUUUCCACAAUAUAUCCUCUGCCCUGCAACCCUUCCUCACCUUCAAACACCCACUGCCAUAAUAGCCGUGCUAAAUUCCUUCCAUCCUAUUACCCAUUAAAUUGUAAAUUGCAAGUCCUUACAACGCCAACGGGAAGAAGAUGGAUAAAGAAGACGGUAAGAGGGAAACAGUGUGUGUAACUGGAGCCGCAGGAUUCAUCGGAUCUUGCCUCGUCAAAAAUCUUCUGCAAAGGGGUUAUACAGUUCACGCUACCUUGAGAGAUCCUGAAAACCCAGCUAAAACUAGUUAUCUGCUAUCUCUUCCGGGAGCCAAAGAAAGGCUGCAUCUGUUCAAAGCAGAUCUUUUGCAACAUGGCAGCUUUGACUCCGCUGUUGAAGGCUGCGAUUUCGUCAUCAGCAUGGCCACUUCUCUGGAUUUCCAGGGCGAUGUUGUCAAUAAUACUGUUGAUGGAACGGUGGACAUUCUAAGAUCUUGCAAGAAAGCAAAAACUGUGAAGCGAGUGAUCCAUACAUCUUCCGUCGUCGCAGCUUACCCUCUAAAUGAAGACGGUCAACUUAAGGAGGUGCUUGAUGAAUCCUGCUGGACUCCUGUUGAUUAUAUCAAACGAAAAGACGCCGUUAUGGGAAUGUAUGCAGCAUCAAAGACUUUAGCGGAGCAAGCAGCUCUGCUAUUCGGAGCGGAGGAAGAGAUUGAAGUGGUAACAGUGUUGGUAGGGAUGGUGGGAGGUCCUUCUCUAAUCCCCACAAUUCCUGGGAGCGUUUCAGUAAUGUUAGCACCACUCACAGGGAACCGACUAUUUUAUGAAAUAUUAGUUUCGAGUAAAACUCGGUUAGGAUCGAUGGCAUUGGUUCACGUGGAAGAUGUAUGCAGUGCACAUAUUUAUUUGAUGGAGCACCCAUCCGCAGCAGGUCGAUAUGUGUGCUGUUCUGAUCCCGUGACUGUUGCUGACAUUCUCAACUUCUUUCACAAACGAUAUCCAGAAAUCCCUUUGGCUUUUGGGAACGAAGAGGAAGAAGAGGAAUGGAAGAAAGCAGUAGUACCGAUUUCCUCCAAGAAACUGAUUGAUCUGGGAUACUCGUACAAGUAUCAUCUGGAGGAUAUACUCAGUGACAGUGUUGAAUGCGCAAGGCGAAUGACAGUCUUGUGAGGUUGAACUAGAUUCUAAUUUUUACGAGAUUUACUUGUUAAUUAUCAUUGUGAUUAUUUUACUUUAUGCCAAAAAAACAAAUCAUCUGUAAAUAGUAAAUUAUAACAAGCCAUUGAUAAGGUG